AUGCCCGCCCCCAAGAUGGCGGCGGCGGCGCUGCGGCAGAGGGCGGGUGGCAGCGGGGCCGUGGCGCUGUGGCGGGUCCAACGCCGCCAGCGCAGCACUUUCGAUGUGGCGGUGGUGGGCGCGGGAAUCGUAGGACUGGCCUCAGCCCGGGAGCUCGUCCGGCGGCACCCCUCUCUCGCCUUCGCUGUCGUGGAGAAGGAGAAGGAGCUAGCUCAUCACCAGAGUGGACAUAACAGUGGUGUGAUUCACAGCGGAAUCUACUACACGCCUGGAUCUCUGAAAGCUAAGCUGUGUGUGCAGGGUGCAGCCCUCUGCUACGAGUACUGUGACCAGAAGGGAAUACCCUACAGACAGUGUGGGAAGCUAAUUGUAGCGGUUGAGCACGAUGAAAUUCCAAGACUCAAAGCUCUGUAUGAAAGGGGGCUGCAGAACAAUGUCAGAGGCCUGAAACUGAUUGGACCAAAAGAGAUACAAGAGAAAGAACCUUUCUGCAGGGGUCUGAUGGCCCUUGAUUCUCCAUACACCGGCAUUGUGGAUUACAAACAAGUAGCCCAGUCCUAUGCUGAAGACUUCCAGGAAGCACAUGGGACCAUCUUAACUGAUUUUGAAGUUACAAACAUGGAGAUGGCUAAAGAAAGUCCUUCAGAAAGUGAUGAUGGACUAAAAUACCCAGUUGUUGUUAGGAACUCCAAGGGUGAGGAAAUCUACUGCAGGCACAUUGUGACCUGUGCAGGACUUUACUCAGACCGCCUGUCUGAGAUCAGUGGCUGCAGCCCUGAACCUCGUAUCGUCCCCUUUCGUGGGGAUUAUUUGGUGCUGAAACCAGAGAAGUCCUACAUGGUUAAAGGAAAUAUUUACCCAGUUCCCAAUCCUCGAUUCCCCUUUCUGGGAUUCCAUUUCACCCCCAGAAUGGAUGGCAGCAUUUGGCUGGGCCCUAAUGCAGUACUGGCCUUCAAGCGAGAGGGUUACAAGUGGUUUCACUUCAGUGCUGGAGACUUUCUAGAUGCUGCAAUGUACAGUGGGUUGUGGAAGCUUGUGCUGAAGAACUUGUCCUACGGCCUGAGCGAAAUUUACAGAGCGUGUUUCCUUAGCGCACAGGUGAAGGAACUUCAGAAGUUCAUCCCCGAGGUCACCGUCAAUGAUGUAGUCAGGGGUCCAUCCGGAGUGAGAGCUCAAGCAUUGGACAGUGAUGGAAAUCUGGUAGAUGACUUUGUAUUUGAUGGAGGCAGUGGAGAUAUUGGAAGCAGAAUUCUUCACAUCCGAAAUGCCCCUUCUCCUGCUGCCACCUCCUCCCUGGCCAUCGCGAAAAUGAUUGCAGAUGAAGUGCAGAGAAGAUUUGAAUUGUGAAUGAUUGAGGGGUGUGAUGAGGUUGUACCA